UCUACUCGCGGCCCGCUUCACAUCCAUCCUUUAACUCCGCCCUCAAGAAAAAAUAAUACUCCCUGGAGGAUUCGAACCCACGUUCAAGCAUUACAAGACUAGAGUGCGGACCAGUGGACUGCAUCAUGUCGUUGACAACAGAAUGUCCGACGCACAGCUAUGAAGAGUAUACUCCGCUCCAACUCCAAUUAGCGGUCCUCACCGCGUCACACCAGCUCGCGCGGCCCAACCAAGUCGAGGCCCGCGGCGCGCACUCCACCAGCCCGCCUCACCAGGCGCGACCCACCAACCCGUGCGGCCCAACCAAGUCGCGGCCCGUGCCGCGCACUCCACCAGCCCGCGUCGCACCAGGCCCAAUCCUCCAUGCGGUCACGCGUCACGCAUCCAACAGGCGCCACAUCAAAAAUAUUAUUGUCGCCGCGAAGGUUCGAACUCGCGUCACUCUUCUGCGUGCCAAGCAACAAUACCAGAACGCUACAAUCAUUGUUUGUGAUUCAAAGGUGCAGCGCGCUAUUUUAAAGUUUCUCAACUCCAACUCGCGUCCAGCUCUGCUUCUGGCCCAACCCCGGCCCGCGUCCCCCAGCCCGCGCGGCCCAGACCCGGCCCGCGUCCUGAUCAGCCCACCAGCGCGCCCCGCUCUGCUUCUGGCCCAACGCACGGAAGCCUUCAAAAAUAAUUGAUGGCGCCGCGAGGGUUCGAACCCGCGCCACUCCUCUGCCUGGCAUGCAAUAUUACCCGGCCCGCGCGGCCCAGACCCGGCCCGCGUCCUGAUCAGCCCACCAGCGCGCCCCGCUCUGCUUUUGGCCCAACGCACGGAAGCCUUCAAAAAUAAUUGAUGGCGCCGCGAGGGUUCGAACCUGCGCCACUCCUCUGCCUGGCAUGCAAUAUUACCAGCAAGCUACGUGCAAGGCCUUUGUUUCAAUGGCGCGGCAUCUGAUGUUUAACUACUCACGCCCAGUCAGUUCCACGGAACAAACAAAAAGUCGCAAUAGUCAUGAACUAUUCGCGCACACUCAGUUCCACGGAACAAAAAAUAGCAAUAGUC